AUGCGUUUCACUCGAUGCCGGUUGGGUGGUGCAUCUGAUAGUGAGCCGGGCAUUAGCCAGCCUUGGCAGCCAAGCCAGUGUGAGAUCAGGGAGAAGUACGUUCCUAUGAUCGAGAAACAGGACGCCAUCAUUUUGGCCUACAACACUGCGGAGACCGUCUUCAUCCCGGAGAUCAAGCGCGAGGCUCUUCUGCUGACCACUGAUGGAAGUCGCGAGAUGCAGUAUGUGAUGGUCUUCGAAAACAUCAUGGCCCAUGUGACAAAGGAGUUGGCGAUGCUCUCUUUGAAGAAACCAGUUGAACCAGCUGAUUUUGUCCAUGUUUGGUCUGAAGCUUGGGAUAUCACGGCAGCGGAGAUUCUUGUGCUCGAUAGUCAGAAGAUUUCUUGCCGUGAUGAGUCGAAGCUGGCCCGUCUUUACGUCAGGCUGCCGAAGUUGUACCCAGCGCACGCUGGGGCUCUGGAAACCAUCGCCAUUACAACUUCUUUGGAGAAGUACUCAUUGCUUGCUCGUCCUUUGCAGCCUUUGGUGCCGCCACCGACUGAAGCCUGACCCAGCAAGGCCAAGAGAUGGCUCAACAUGGGGCCAAAUUUUGUUAUGGGUAGAUUUGGCAGUUGGCUUGUGAUGGUCCGCCUUUGCUUGGCUGUGUACUUAUGCUGAUCUCAAUCAUUUACAUUUCAUUGUGAGUUUUGCGCACCCACGCCACACUGUCAUUUUGACGGAAGCUUUGACUUUGCAAUGUGAGCAUUGCGGCCAUAGUCAGUAGCUGACCAGUCCGGUGCAGUGC